CUACCUUUUGACUAUUGGGAGCAUAUACAUUUUUAAAAGUAAAUUAUUUCUUAAUAAUCAGAUCUUGCUUUCUGUCUUACCUAACGUUCCCAAUCGCGGGGAAAAAAUGGUUUCAAGUUUUGAUCCAAAGCUCUCAAUGCUUUUUCCUAGAAGAAUCUCAGUAAUAUUUCUCCUGAACUUUCUCAAAGCAAGAAGAGUUGAAGUGAUUUUUGUCCUACUCUUAAAAGUUGUAGCAAUUGUGAGUUCCUCGUGACUGGCACUCCUGUACUGUGGUGAACCAGCCUCUAAAAACAUCUCAGAUUCACAGCCUGGCUACUUGCCAACGUCAGGCUGCUCCCUGAUGACAGAGGAAGUCCUGGGGAGAAUCCAUUUUGCCCAAGCAAACACAUCAACUCAUAUGCAUGUGCACAGUUAAUCUGAGUUGAGAAAUCUAGAUGGCCCGAGGGAAGAACUUCUUGCAAAACAAUCUCUUUCAAAAUACCAUUGUUGAUUUUUUUUAUUUUUCAGAGUAAGGGAUCAUUUUGCUGAGUGGCUAAGAGUUCUCAGAACAGACAAGCCCCUCAGCUAUCACAGCUACAGCCAGUUUUGCUCUCAGAUCUCCAACUCCAUCCUGUGACUAGAAGGAGAUUUGAUAGCCCAGGGUGAAGUUUCAAGCUCUCCGUGGCAACGCUGCCCUUUGGUGGGUGCAUGUCAUGCCGGGGGAAAAAAAGGAAAGAGAAAGGGCAGACCUGGGUGAAGUCAUCCCAAUAAAAGUUAAUAGCUGGGUGGUGACACCUCACACAACUGGAGAGAAAUGCUUGGCAGCUGGGCAGUGCCUGCCCUCAGCUGCCUAUCAUGGUACCGGCAGUAAGAGGUGACCUAUUUAUUUUUAGAAGGGGACAGUCAUAAUAAGCCGGCUCUUAGCUUCAUUCAAGGCAGGCACUCAGGUGCUUUGCAAGUUUGUAAACACCUACUUUCUGAGUAAAAGAGGAGUGCUUUUUUCCAAGUAGGAAAGAACUUCACUCCUGGGUUUUUUUCCCAUCCUAAUAUUCGACCUUAGAGUGGAGAAGAGACCAUUGUUUGGACUGGUGAGCUGUGCUAAGCUUUUAAAGGGCAGAAAUGCCUGAAGGUGAGGAUUUUCGACCAGGCAAAAGCUGGGAAGUUAUCAAUUCCAAACCAGAUGAAAGGACCAGACUCAGCCACUGUAUUGCAGAAUCAUGGAUGAACUUCAGCAUCUUUCUCCAAGAAAUGUCUGUUUUUAAACAGCAGAGCCCUGGCAAGUUUUGUCUUCUGGUCUGCAGCGUGUGCACAUUCUUUACGGUCUUGGGAAGUUACAUUCCUGGGGUGAUACUCAGCUAUCUACUACUACUGUUUGCAUUUUUGUGUCCACUGUUUAAGUGUAACGAUAUUGGACAAAAACUAUACAACAAAAUCAAGUCAGUUCUGUUGAAACUAGACUUUGGAAUUGGGGAAUAUAUUAAUCAGAAGAGACGUGAGAGAUCUGAAGCAGAUAAAGAAAAAAGUCACAAGGAUGACAGUGAAUUAGACUUUUCAGCUCUUUGUCCUAAGAUUAGCCUCACGGUUGCUGCCAAAGAAUUAUCUGUAUCGGACACUGACGUAUCAGAGGUAUCCUGGACGGAUAACGGGACCUUCAACCUUUCAGAAGGAUACACUCCACAGACAGACACAUCUGACGAUCUUGACCGACCUAGCGAGCAGGAAGCUUUCUCUCAAGAACUUUCAGAAUUUCCAUCUCUAGAAAAUGGCAUGGGAACAAAUGAUGAAGAUGAAUUAAGCAUUGGCUUGCCUGUUGAGCUCAAGAGAAAAAAGGAACAGUUGGACGGUGGCCACAGACCGAGCAAAGAGAACCAGUCAGCAGCUGGUCUCACCCUUCCUCUGAACAGUGACCAAGCCUUUCACUUGAUGAGCAACCUGGCUGGGGACGUCAUUACAGCUGCAGUGACUGCUGCUAUCAAAGACCAGUUAGAGGGUGUGCAGCAAGCACUUUCUCAGGCUGCACCCAGCCUAGGAGAGGACACAGACGCUGAAGAAGGUGAUGACUUUGAACUACUGGACCAGGCAGAGCUUGAUCAAAUUGAGAGUGAAUUGGGACUUACACAAGACCAGAAAGCAGAAGCACAGCAAAGUAAGAAGUCUUCAGGCUUCCUUUCCAAUCUCCUGGGAGGCCAUUAACCUGGGAAUCAGCUUGCAACAGAACACAGAUAAACCAUCAAAAAAUUUCAAACACGCAAAAAAAAAAAAAAAAAAAGGAAAAAGGAAAAAAAA